AUGGCUGAGUUUCGACAAUAUAUUGACGAAAGCCAUCAUGAUAUAGUCAACAUGUUGACUCACCAGAUGACUACUAUUCUGAAUCCUAUCCUGGCUGACAAUGAGUCAAAAUAUGAUCUGUUUGUUAAACAAGUUGAGAAAAUUGUUCGAAUUGUCGAUUAUAAUGAGGGACAGUCUAUUCCCCAAGAUUUGGUAGUAGACCAGGAGAACAUAGGAUAUAAUGAGGAGAAUGUAUAUAACAAUCUUGAAAGGAAAGAAAAUAUCCCUUAUCUCGUUCGACGAGAUCAAAAUGUUGAUGAAGUUUUGAAUAGACUUCACACACAGCGUGGGUAUCAUUACCAGGUGACAAGAAUUAUCGAGGAUGUCCUCAAUAGAAUGGGUAUCAAUGUGAGUCUCAUGUAUCAACUAUAUUUUAUUUCUGCUUUUUCUUCUACAGUGCAAAUGACAGAAGUGCCAAUGAGUGUAAAAAAUCCCAAAACAAUUAUAAAAUUUACAGGAGAGGCUGGAGAGUCAACUGUCGAGCAUAUAGCUCGCUAUAUGGUCGAAUUAGAAAAUUUGACAAAUAAUGAAAACUUGAGAAUGAAGUUUUUUCCUGCUUCAUUAACAAAAAAUGCUUUCACUUGGUUUUCAAAUUUGAGACCCAAUUUAAUUUUAAUGUGGGCACAAUUGAAAAAUACUUUUCAUGCUCAAUUUUAUAGGACAGAAUUGAAUGUCUCGUUGACAUACUUGCUUGCAAUAGAACGAGAUGAUGGAGAAUCGAUAGAUGAUUAUAUAAUUCGAUUAAAAAAUAUUCGCAAUCGAUGUUACGUGUCGAUCUCUAAAAGCGAGAUCGUCAAAAUAGCCAUCAAAGGUCUUGGCUUGUAUAUACGUUGA